GGACCGCUGCGUUGGCGGAUGCUUUACAGUCAGACGGGGAGACUGAGGACUUGGAGACAAAACACUUUUCUGGAUUUUGAAGGACUUGUUGGUUAAUUACCUCAGACGACAGCACAAGCAUAGAAAAAGAUCGAUAAAUAUGGUGAAUCCUGUGUUCUGGGCUAUGCUGGUCUGCAUGACCGUCCUGCUGAUUGAGCAAGGGUUGCAGGUCCGCAGCCAAGGGGAUUCUCAGUCCUACAACAAAGUGAUGGACAAUAUCACAGUCCGACAAGGAGAGACGGUCUUUCUCAGGUGUGCACUGGGGGAUGUUGUCACACACACAGCAUGGCUUAAUCGGUCAAGUAUACUGUAUGCUGGAGAAGACAAGUGGUCGAUUGAUCCCAGAGUGAGUUUGGUGACUCUUAAUCAAGAGGAGUUCACCAUCAAGAUUGAAAAUGUGGACAUGACAGAUGAAGGACAGUAUGUGUGUGCAAUCCAGACAAGCAGUCGACCAAGAACCACCUCAGUUCACAUCCUCGUCCAAGUGCCACCAAAAAUCACCAACCUGUCAAGAGAUGUUGUGGUAAAUGAAGGCUCUAACAUCACCCUGAUGUGCCAAGCAAGUGGUAAACCAGAGCCUUCCGUCAGCUGGAAGCUCAUCUCCUCUUCAGGGGAUCUGGUGUCAGAUGAUGAAUACUUGGAAAUCCCAUCUAUAUCCAGACAGAAAGCAGGAACGUAUGAAUGCACAGCUGUCAAUGAUAUUGACACAGACGUGCAGACUGUAGACAUCACCGUCAACUAUGCUCCAGCUGUGUCAGAGGGCAGAGAUGUUGGAGUGACACUGGGCCAGAGAGGAGUGCUGGAGUGUGAGGCUGAUGCAGUGCCUGAGGCAGAUUUUGAAUGGUACAAAGAUAACAGAAGGAUCUUUAAUGACUUUGAUGGUAUCGAGAUUGUCAGUACUGGAUUAGGAUCAAAGCUGACCUUCUUUAAUGUGUCUGAUGGAGAUUAUGGCAACUACACCUGUGUUGCCAUGAACACACUUGGGAGUUCAAAUACAAGCUUCCUUCUGUUUGUGGUAAUUGAACCCACUAGCUCAACACUUUUGCAAGGACCGAGAGCAGUUCAGGAUGGCAGCGGCGGUGCAAUGAGUGUGCACUCACACAACUGUCUCCUCUUCAUUAUGAUUCUGUCCUUCCUGCUUAGAUUUUGAAGACAAAUUGAGUUGAACUCCAGUGUUUUGUGUGUGUGUGUGCCUGCGUGUGUGUGUAUGCGUGUGAGUGUGUGUAGGUGUGUGUGUGUGUGUGUGUAUGCGUGGGAGUGUGUGUGUGUGUGUGUGUGUGCGUUUUGUUUUUUCCAACUGAAACCAUAAACUGAUGCACAUUAAGUGCAUGAUUUAAUCUGCACUGCAUUGAUGUUGACCCGCUAAACAAGUAUGUCAUUGAGGGUCUUUUUUUUUUUUUUUGGAGAUUUCAAGGAUGUAACAAAUGUUUCACCUUUUAAUUGAAUUUUGUUGGAUAUUUUUCUCUUUGAAUCAUAUUAUUCUGGAUUGUCUCUUUUUACCUGUGAUUCUAAAAAAAAGAUUUUUAAAAUGGUGUCUCUUAUUUUUAAAAAGUGUCUCUUAAUCAAAUGGAUUUGUCUUGAAUUUAACCACACUGAAUAUUCAUGUCUAUUCCAGGAAACAGCAAAUUUACAGCAAAUAUAAGAAGUGAAUUCUAAAUACCUCAAAAUUAACCUGAAAGAGUCAAACACAAGGUUGCCCUGAGGCUGAAAACCUGGUGUUAUCAUAUUUUAAUGUGUAAUAAUUAUCCUUUCGUCUGGUUGUUGAAAGCAGAAUUGUAGUAUUUUUGUUCCCACCAUUAUAGUGAUAUAUUUGCACUUGUGCUAUGCUAAUCUUUUUAAUUAUAUUUUUUCAAUUAUGUGUAGUUUUAAAUAUUUUUAUGAACGGGAAAUAUGAACUUGUAAUUAUUUGGGACGAACCUCUUACUUUCAUCUCUUUGUCAUUUUUUGUUCUUUACUCGUACUGGUUGUAUACAAAAAUGUUGUCAAGAUUAUUAUAAUUAUAAUUAUGUUAGACUUUAAUAUUUACAGAUGGAGGGAAUGUUAGCUACACUUGUAUGGAGUGGACAUCUGACUUAAGUAAUGCAGACCUAUUAAUGCUAUUGAUAUUUGUUUAAUACCAUACCAUGUAUACAUGCUCUAGAAAUUGUUCCUGUUUAUGUUCUAAACCAGCACUGGAGGAUUACAGAACAGUCGUUUUCAGUAGAUUAACACAAAAUAAACUCUUUCUGCAUGUAUUUAGACACAAAUAACCCAAAGACUAUAUUUCAUAUACUUCCUGUUUUUCAAAUCACCAAACAAAGACCCUGAUUUUUAAGUAUUGUCUUCUCAUUAACUUCAGAGUAAACUAGAGGUCUUCAUGGGUACAGAAAUGUCUGUCUGUGCAAAAAUGUACCACAGUGAAUUAAAGUGGAAUGGCCUAUUUUUUUUAAUAUUGACCCAGAAAUAAUAUAGAAAUAACACCUGGGUUAAAAAAAAGGUCAGAAAAAAUAGGUCAGAAAUAAAGACUAUAUGUAAAACGUGGCAUAACUGCAAAUGAGCAUUUAUGCCACUGUGACAUAAUUGCUCAUUUGCAGUCUUAAGAGUUCCUUUUUCAUUGACAACCUGAGGAAAUUAUUCACUACCAUACAAUAGUAACUUGAAGCAUACAUUGUUUCAUCAUUAUCUGUAAAUUAAACUAUAAUGCACAAAGUGAAGAUCAUAUUAGACUGAAGAUGUAUUGAAAGUAGGAACUGAGACCAUAAACUUAUAAGAAGAAGGUUGAAUUAGCAAACAUUUUGCAGUAAAGACUUUCAGACUUCUGUUGAUUUGGACUAUAAAUUAAGCAAUUAUUCUUAGCCUAUUAGAAUGAAAGCAGAUUUAAGGUACUUUUGCUGCCACUUCACGAUUUAGACUUAUAGGCUAAGACCCAUCUUUAGUAUUUUGUCCAUUAUCCAGUACUAUACAGAUCUACUGACAUGGGUAGACUCAUGAAGACCUUUAGAGUAAAUGUGUUGUCUUUUGACACGAGUAAAAUACAAAAUCAUUGAUACUCUUAAACCAAAAUGUACAGUAUAGGAGUCAGAUUGUGAGAUGUUGGUCAGAAGAUUUAAAUAUUUUAGACUUUACUGUAGAGUAUGCAAGCCAACUGCAAUAACUGAGACUGAUUAAAGGUCUCAGCAAAUAGGCCACAACAGUUCUUAUCACCUGAUAUAUAACUUGCAUUAACAGAAAAGACAGAAUAUAUGAGAAAACCUGAAAAUCAUAUGUUUCACUAUGGACAAACAUCAGUGCAGGCAGAGUGUCACAGGCAGCAAACAAUCAGCAGACCUCCUUUACCAUAUUUCAUUGUGAGCAUGAGAAUUUUAUGCAACAAUCUGUAACCUCUCACAAAAUGACAGGAAGAAUUAAAGCUGGUAAUUUCUCUCUUUCAUAUCUCUCAAUUUGAAUAGAGAUUUGUACCAAUUGGCAGACUGUACUUAACAUGGGUAUGCUUUUUUGUUAUUUAGUGACAAUAACAAAAAAUGUACAUCUGGUAUUGAACUACUGGCUUUUGUAAUGAGAAGGAUUGUUUUAAGACAUUGUGCAUCCCUUGCAAAAUGCUGUUUGUUUUUACUGUCAGUUUCUAUCAGAGUUUUGCAGUUGAAGGUUUCCAUUAACACUGCAACAAACAAAAACAGUGAAUUAAAACAAAUUACUAUGUCUGUUUAAUGAUGGGAGAUGUUGCCUUUCUUAUCUUCUGAAAGUUCAUCACACCUAAAAGGAGGAAAGGGUACACAAAAGCAAUGACCUCUGUUCUUUUAAUAUACAUUUUUUGCCCCCUUUCUCAGUCUUUUCCCUCUUGCUUGUGUCAGCACCACUGAGGCCCUAUUCCAUCAUCCACAUUCCCCUACCUCUAUCUUUCUUUUCUUUCCAUGGUUUUUGGGGAUAACAACCUUUUUACUCCUUGAUGUGAAAAGAAGAGCCAACAUCCAAAUCAGAGAGGCAUGAAACGGGUCGUUUUAGAAACUGAUCAGGAUAAUCAUGACCUGAAUCUGACAGGCUAAUCAUUGUUUGUUUUCACAUAUCAGAGAGAGGGAGGGACAGAGCGAGACUGCAGAACAUUAUUUAUCUCUAGCACUCCAAUGUUUGGAAAUGACAUGGUAAUUAUUCCAUCCUGGGUUGAAAGAAGGCACUACCAAUCACACGUCUAUCCUGCACAGUCAUUUUAUGACAAAAUUCACCACAUUUAAGAUGGACUCACAUCAGAUCACCUCCAAGGGAAGUUUUUGCAGUGAUCCAUUCAAUACUACCUAUAAGCAAAUGUUUAUCAUCUAGCCAGAUUAUUUAAUAGCGCAGCAAUAAACACCUGAAAGUCUUAUUUAGAUUUUCCAGUACAUUUGCUGCUGAGUACUUGCUCACACUUAGUAGCACAUGUACAGUUUGAACACUAUCUCACAAGGUAACCGAAACUGUGAGAAUUAAAAUUAUGACUUUAGAACUCUACAAAUUUUUUAUAUCAAAUAUACCUGUUUAUGAACUUGCAGUAAAAUCUCUCAUCAUGGAUAAAAUUUUGCAAAUUGCUUAACACUGAGCUAAGAAUGUGAUAAAAAUCUUGAUGCAUUCUUAAUCAUCCAGGUAAGAAAAUCCCCAAACGCUGAUUCUGUUCAUGUGGACGUAUCGCUUUCAGUGGGAGAAAUGUUUCGUCACUCAUCCAAGUGACUUCUUCAGUCUCAGCUGACCCCACCUUCUUCAAAUCAAACAAAAUUGAUUGCAAACAUUUGUGCUGGUUUGUGCUUCUAAAAUGUUAGUUUGCAAUGCUUUUGUAAGAACAUUAAUGAAAGUUUCAAGGUCAAAAGCCCGUAUUUACCUUUUCUAACAAAAAACAUCCCGAUGUUGUUCUGAUUAAUUUGUAUUUUGUUAAUGCUUAGUCUAUUUUAACUAUUACUGUUAACCUAUUUUUUUUUUACUUUUGAGAUUGUGAUCAUGAUAAAAAUAUCAUGGUUUAUGUUUCACAAUGUUUUCACAAUAAAGAAAGGUGCUGGGUGACCUUGGAUGACCUCUAGGAACUUUUAUUAAUAUAUUUGAAAUUAUUAAAUUAUUAUCUAUUAACAACCAGAGACCAAAGACUAUUCUUCAAUGACAACUGAUCAGUGGCCAUCAGUACCAUUCAUAGAGAGUUGGGGAAUGGCUGCCAUCACAGCAUUGUAAGAUAGCGAAAGAUGUACCCUUAGGCUCCUUCCUCGAUUCAGAGAUGGUCUUUCCCUUUUCACGUAAAUGGCCUCCUUUACUCCCCACUCAAACCAGCACUCCUCUCUGUCCAGGAUGUGUACCGGUACAGCUUCAUCCUACAGGUUAGUGGAAAGAGUAUGCACCAGCCUGUAGGAUUAUAUAGACUGCAAAGUUUUGGCCUGAUGAGUUACCUCUUGUUGUGCCAUCUACUUUGCCAGAGGUUGUUUGGUUUCCCCAAUGUAUAAAUCAUGGCAAUUCUUCUGGCACUUAGCAGUGUACACUACAUUACUCUGUUUGUAUCUGGUGAUUUGAUCCUUGGGGUAGACCAAUUUUUGGCGCAUUUACUCAAGGCCAUCUUGAUAGGAUGUUUUUCUGCUUCCUUGGCUGCUGUAUCUGUGGGGAUGGUGUUCGCUCUAUGUUUUAAAAUCCUGAUGACAACCAGUUUUUGCUUUAGUGGAUGAUGAGAGUUAAACCUUGAAUACUGAUCCAUAUGCGUAGGUAGACGGUACACAUCAACUUUAAAAUGACCCCCAUUACUGAUGAAAAUCUUACAGUGUAAGAAGGCUAGUCUGUCAUUUUUCAUAUCCUCCCUGGUGAACUUGAUGUGUUUGUCUACCGAGUUAAUGUGAUCAGUGAAUUGUGGUACAUCCUGAGAUUGUCAUCCACAUACCUGAGCCAAUGACUUGGUGGUUUUCCUUACCUGGAUGCAUCAAGACAUUUUAACCCACUUUGGCAAAGACUGCCUAAAGCUACUACAUGAGUACGAGCAAACAGCAAGUAAGAUAGCUGACUCCAGGAACCACCUGACAUUCAGCCUCAGAUGCAGACAAAACAGGAUUACUCCUAAAAUUCUGCCAAUGAGAUCAUAAGUUCAAGGCCUCCAAAAAACAAAAAUCCCCCAGAAGGCACAGAACACAACUUUUUGGGAACGAUAAGUAUCAUCCAUGAUCAGAGGAUGACAUAGAGAAGAGUCAAUGCCUGUCAGAUCAUUGUUGGAAAUCCGACUGGAUUAUAUUUUCUUAAGCUUUCGUGUUGGUCUGAGAUGUACAAAGCUAAGAGUAAAAGGUAAUUUUAAUUUCAUUGUUCUCAAAUCCCUGUUGUUCCAAACACAGAAAAGGGAAAAGCAUGUGGAGAAAACCUAUGCAUGCUGCCUCUUUACAGGCUUAUUUUGGAUUUUUUUAAAGCCUUUUGUAUUACCUAGUGCCAGUGUUCUUGAUACAUUAUGGACAUUGUCAUCCUCAAGGUUAGACAAGCUGGCUUGCAGAGCAGUUAAAUAAAGACAGUCACAUUGUUUGUUGCAAGGCAGUGUAAUGAUUUGUGCCACACAACACAGCUAAUUUCCCAUUUAAUACACAUUUAGUUGAAAAACCAAACAAAAUCUUUCUUUGUCCUCAUGUUGUCCAGUUGUUCUUAUCUAGGUUCACUUUAAUUCAAAUUCAAAACUUUUAAUGAUCCCUUUAAUGUGACUACUAUGGUUCAAGGGUUUGUGCUAAAAUAGAAAUGGCAUGUGUUUUGGACAACCUUCCAGCUAACCUUAAUGCAGAUGUAUUUAUAUUCAUCUUUGCAGACUAUUUUGAUUGUUCAAGUCUUCGAACAGCUUCAUGACGUUUCUGUCUGCAGGUUUCUGUUUUGGAAUAACAUUUUGAUUGUUUCCUGUAAGACAGCCACAGGCAGCACUGGCUAACAAUGAAGAAUCAUAGCUACAUUAGCUUGAUACUUGAAAAAUGAAAUUUUCCUUUAAGUAAGAAGUCUGACCUUGUGUGAUGAUUACAGUGUUUUGCUAAAUGUCAUUUUUUUUUAUAAAUAAAAUAGAAUUAAAUUGAAAUUUAAUUUAAGUAUUCAUUCCCUUUAGUAAUUAA